AAACUGUCAAAAUCACAUGCUGACUUUUGACGUUUGUAUGAAACAAAAAUAAAUAAAUGUAAUUUAUAUAAAACUCACGUUAAUUGUAUAAAAAUGUGAAUAAUGGAAGGUGAUAUAUCGCAUUUAGCAAACAUUUUACGACUUCCCGGUCGUGAUGUAAUAAGUGGUAAGGGGAAAUUAUGUUUAUCCGCAAAUUAUUUAAACAAAUUGAAUAAAGCCAUAGAUACUAUCAACGAAGAAGAUGUAACAUCUUUUCAAAUUGUUCAAACAAAUAAUACAAAGAGUAAUCUUAUAAGAGACACUCAAUUUUUACUAGAUUUGAUUAGUAAAACUAGUAGUUUAAAACUUAUUCCCGACGAAACUAAAGAUUAUGAAACAGUCGACUUAUCGCGAUUCAAACAAAUCAAAAUAUUGGAGAUAAUAAAAUUGGAUAUCAAUAUAGUAACUGGACUUCAAAAACUUAGAUCGCAGAUUCAAGAACUGACUUGUUGCAAGAGCUUAAAGUCCAUAAGUGAAGUGCUACAGAAGUGCGGUGGUGAUAAUAGUCAGUGUUUCUAUUGGAAUGAAUUAAAAGUCGCCAAUUUCACGCACAACGAUAUAACAAGUAUAGAUAAUAGUUUUGAACGUACUCUUUCAUUGCACACUGUAGAUUUGAGCCAUAAUCAACUUUCUAAACUGGAUUUUACGAGUGUAUUACCGAAUUUGAAACAUUUAAAUUUAUCUUAUAACAAAUUAGACACUGUACCAAUUUUCAAAGGACAGAUACAAAAUAGAUUACAAGUAUUGGUUUUAAAUAACAAUUUUAUCGAAAAUAUCCAAGGAUUAACAUCACUUUUCAAUUUACAACAAUUGGAUUUAGGAUACAAUUGCUUAUUGGAUCACAAAACGUUGCUUUCCGUUUCUCAUCUAGUCUCACUGCAGUCGUUGAAUUUGCAAGGAAACCCAUUAGCUUUCCACCCCUACCACAGGCAAUUAUCAUGUAAUUAUUUGAAUAAAAACGCCGCUACGGUUAAAUUUUUAUUGGACGGACAUAUUUUGACUAAAAACGAAAAAAUUCUCACUGGAUCUUUGUAUCCUAUCGCGCCGAAGCUCCAAACGUCUUGUUCAUUAAAUUCAUUGGAAUCUUCAGCUGCUUCAGUUCAGGAGAAAUCAAGAAAAGUUCGUUAUGUAAAUAUUGAAGAAAGUGACGUUGUUAAGGAAAACGAACCCGAAUUUACGCCUAAUACCUCAUCUCAACAUUUGGAAAUAAAAAGACAGGUAGAAAAACUGAGGGAAGAAUACGGCGAAGCGUGGCUCUAUCAACAUUCGGGUUUAAUAGUACAAGACGUAUUAGGUCUCGACAAAGCAACCAUAUUGUCUUCUACCCCAAUCGAACAAGUUAUUCCAAUAAACACGACACAAGAAAGUGAUGACAUCUCAACUUUUAACGAAGAUUCUUCCACCAACGAAAAUUAUCGCACAGCCGAGAUGGAAAAUUCGUUUCACAGCCCCGAACCGAACGAAGAAGUUUCGGAUGUUUCAGACGGCGAAGAUGUCGUAUCAGUCGGGGAAAGCUGCAUGUUCCUAGCGACUAAUAUCGGUUCGAAGAAUACAUCGAUGUUUGUAGCAUUGACUGAUUGCUGCAUAUCCGAACGAGAUAUCACGACUAUCAAAGAAAAAGCCCGAUGGCAUAUAAACACCAUAAUAUCGUGCGAGAAGUGCGUCGAGGAGAACAGAAUUAAAAUUGAGUUCGAUACUCUAAGACGUGAUAGAAAACAGAGAAUUUACGAAUUUAGUUCUGAAGAUAUCGAAACGUUUUACGAUAAUAUCAAAGGGAAGAUUGAUUCUGUUUUGAAUUCGAAAUCGAAGACUGAUGAUUGCAAUUUGGAUUAUCAGUGUAUGAAGUGUUCGGAAAUUUUUCAAAAAAGUAAAAGCGCUCUACUAAAUACUCCUUCGAUUAAAUGUCCUUAUUGUACUAGUCCGAUGGUGGUGGAGAAAAUUUGAUUCGAAUUAUUUACGAAUUUAUUCAGUUUUUAAUUUUUUUUUUAAUUAAUUUUGUGAUAAUAUACAACUAUAAAACCCUAGGACUUUUGAUAGAGUUGUACCCUUGAUUGGAAAUAUAGCUUCAUCCAUUCGUUUCGGAUAGGAAACCCUUUAUUAUGGUCUAGUUAUGUAUCAAACUAUUUUUUUUUGUUUACCCCAUAAGUUCGAUUUUCCGGAACCUUUGGUGAUAUUUAUACCACUUACACUAUCUGGUCCUUCGAGCCGGAUAUGAACCAGCGACAUUUGCACGGCUCGAAGGACCAGAUGGUGUAGUUGUAGUUUUUAUUUCCUAUGAAACUUAGACCCUAAUUAAUUAUACAUUGAAUGAUCUUCAUUUCACUGAUUUUAAGGAAUAAUUGUCUGAGUUAUGUUGUUUAGGAGUGGAAAAUUAUGGAACUGAUUCUUGACAUUGCGGUGUAAAAUAUACUUUCUAGGUUCAAUUCGUGACCGUCUAUGUCUGUGAGUACUUUUUGGUGUGUGUUUAUGUCUGUGAGUCUCUUUUGUAGUAUGUAGAUUUCGUAGGUGUCUGUUGAUGUCUGCGAGUGAUUCUUGGUGUGUUUUUAUAUCUAUUGGUGCCUGUGAGUGCUUCUUGACUUUUGUGUUUAUGUCUGUUGGUAUCUGUGUCUCUUUUGCAGUCUGAGGAUUAUGUAGGUGCAUGUGAGUGCUUCUUGAUGUGAUACCAUGUCUGAAAGUGACGGUGAGGGCUUCUUGGCGUUUGUGUCUAUGUUUUUUGGUGUCUGUGAGUACUUUUUGGUGUGUUUUUAUGUCUGUGAAUCUCUGUUACAGUCUGUAGAUUCUGUUGAGUUCUGUGAGUGCUUCUUGAUAUCUGUUAGUGUCUGACAGUACCUUAAAUAGUUAUUUUAUUAUACAGAAUCAUUUAUUUUCAUUAAAAUGAUGGAUUAUUAGUCUUAAUGCGGAUGUAAUCAAAUUUUAGAGUUGGAAUUAAAAUAUUUUAUAGACAUUUAUUAAGAUUGUUAUGUAAUUUUUUCAAAUAUAUAUAUUUUUAAAUCUA